CAGUGUCGCCUGGAGCAUGUGCCAGGCCCUGAGAAGUGUUGGCUUCCUAGUUCUGUUUAGAAGGCUUCAUAGCUGAACCACACCCCCUUGCCUUCAACUCAAUGUACUACCAUACCACAACAUCCAUAGUCCAAAUGUCAGAGGUCCAAAGAGGCUUUUGGCCUUUUUAUGCCUAUGAUGCACCAAAGUCAGCUGCCAACACAGCUACGCUACCUGUGGACAAGAUGUGGGACAGUACCCUAUUUGCACACAAUGUCCUUUUGAUCCUGCAGGUGAAGAAGAUGUCAUGGGUGAACUGCUAUUGGGCACCAGGCACUGGGUGGGUUCCUUGAAACCACUCCACUUGACCAUGAACUCAAACUUCUUCCCUUUCUUCCCACCCUCCUCUUCAGGCUGUUACUGAAGGUCACUCACUAUGUCUGACGGGGACUACGACUACCUCAUCAAGUUCCUAGCCCUGGGUGACUCUGGGGUUGGAAAGACCAGUUUCCUUUACCAGUACACAGACGGGAAAUUCAAUUCCAAAUUCAUCACAACCGUUGGCAUUGAUUUCCGGGAAAAGAGGAUGGUAUACCGAUCCAACAGACCAGAUGGGGUCAGCGGCCGAGGGCAGAGAAUCCAUCUUCAGCUGUGGGACACAGCUGGGCAAGAAAGGUUCCGUAGCUUGACAACAGCCUUCUUCAGAGAUGCCAUGGGCUUUCUUCUCCUCUUCGAUCUGACUAGUGAGCAAAGCUUCCUCAGUGUCCGAAACUGGAUGAGCCAGUUGCAAACUCACGCGUAUUGCAAAAGCCCCGAUGUGGUUCUGUGUGGAAACAAAAGCGACCUGGAGGAGCAGCGGGUGGUGAAGGAAGACGAUGCCAAGGAGCUUGCAGAAAAAUAUGGGGCCCCCUACUUCGAGACCAGCGCCGCCAGCGGCGCCAACGUGGGCCCGGCCGUCGAGACGCUGCUGCGACUGCUCAUGGAGCGCAUGGAGCGGUGCGUCGACCGGGCCUGGAUCGCCGAAGGGGCGGGGCGGCCCAAUGGCCUCGGCCGCGCCGAGACGGCCCCAGGGCCGCGGCAGGCGAGCAAGUGCGGCUGCUGAGGGGGCCCCUCCGCGCCGAUUCGCGUCCGGCAGAUGCGCAAUAAAUUAGCCCGUGGCGGGAC